AUGUUGAGUGAUAAGGUCAUUUAUGUUUUUAUUUCUCUUCCUGACAUUUUAGGAACCAUGUCACUGCACCGUGUGUGUGGAGUGUUUGUAUUCAGUUUAUGUUUAAUUUCCAUUCCACCACAUUGCCAUGGAGGAAACAUUUUGGUGUUCCCUUUCGACGGCAGCCACUGGAUCAAUAUGAAGAUUCUUCUCGAAGAACUUCAUGCCAGAGGACACAACCUCACUGUGAUCAGGGAUGCCAACAGCUGGUACAUCCCUGAAAAGUCUCCACUGUACACAUCCAUUACACUUCAUCCAAAAGAAGGCUUAGAAGACAUGUUUGCUGAAUUCAUUCAGGAGCAUAUGAAGAUGCAGAGGCAAGGGGCUUCACUACUGACUUUCUUCAGACUCACGAUGCAUUUCACGCAUCUGCUUUCUCAUGUCCAUUCAGUGUGGGCUGAUGCCACCAUUGAAAUGUUAGCAGAUCAAAAUAUGAUGAAAAGCUUCACGGAUUCAAAAUAUGACCUUUUUCUCACUUAUCCAGGCUUCUCAUCAGGACUUGUGCUGGCCAAAUAUCUCAAACUGCCCGUUGUGCUCAACGUACGCUGGGUCACCAGUGGAGAGGGACACUUUGUGUUAGCCCCCUCACCACUCUCCUAUAUUCCAGUGCCACAAUCAGGAUUAACAGACAAAAUGAAUUUCAUCCAGAGGGUCAAGAACAUGCUUUUCCAUAGUAUUGCACUGUUCCAACUGAAAUUUGUGGUGGGGCCAUGCUAUGAAAUCCCAUGUAAAAAAUAUAUUGAGGGAGGAUGUGACACCAUCUCCCUUCUUCAGGAUGCUGACAUUUGGCUGUUCAGAUCAGAUUUUGUAUUUGAUUUCCCUCGCCCCACAAUGCCAAAUAUUGUCUACAUCGGAGGAUUCCAGUGCAAACCAGCCCAGCCUCUGCCAGCAGACCUGGAGGACUUUGUUCAAAGUGCUGGGGAGCAUGGAGUGAUCAUCAUGACCCUGGGAACACUGAUUGAUGCUUUACCCAAAGAAGUUGCAAAUGAAAUUGGCAGCGUUUUUGCCAAACUGCCUCAGAAGGUGAUAUGGAGGCACAAAGGAGAGCGUCCCUCUACGCUGGGCAACAACACUCUCAUAGUGGACUGGAUGCCACAGAAGGACCUCCUGGGACACCCGCAGACCAGAGUCUUUGUAGCUCACGGAGGAACCAAUGGAGUCCAGGAGGCCAUUUACCACGGGGUCCCUGUGCUCGGCAUACCCUUGUUCUUUGACCAGUAUGACAACCUUCUACGUUUGCAGGAGAGAGGAGCUGGAAAGAUCCUUCAGCUGGCUGAUGUUAAUGGCAACACUUUUGAGCAAGGUAUUAGGGAACUUCUCUAUCAGGAAAGCUACAGACAGAACAUGCAAAGAAUGUCACGUCUGCACAGAGAUCAGCCGAUGGCACCCAUGGAUCAGGCUGUGUUCUGGGUAGAAUAUGUGAUCCGUCACAAAGGGGCUCCUCACCUGCGUACAGAGGCUUAUAAGAUGCCCUGGUACUCAUACUACUGUGUAGAUGUGCUGCUCCUGUUGCUGACUGCAGUAACUGUGCUACUGAUGUCCACUGUGGCCAUUUUUCGGUUUCUGUGCUGCAGAAGACAAAGGAAGACAAAAUCCAAACAGAAGUGACUGAGGUCAAAUUUGUUAAGAAACAAGUUUCAGUGAGUUCUGCUGUAUUUAGACAGAGACAUAUCUUAAAGGUGGAGUCUGUUCUUCUGAAAAUACUGUUGAAAAUUAUCUAGUUAUUAUAUUUAAACAGCAUCUGCCAGAUUUACCGUGGCACAUUAUCCUCUGGCUUUUACUGCCCCCUCCAUCUCACCUUUGCCUGACUUUCUUUUUGCCCUGUUGAGAGUACAAAUGAACACGAGUAGGAAUGUCUCAGGGCACAGUGAAACAAUGUUGUGUGGGUUGGUCUGAGUCAAUUUCCUUCCCUUUUACUGAACCAAGUCUGUCCACAAACCACAGAUAUUUCUUGUAGUUUUCUCUGAGUCUGACGUUAAACAUACUGGGUUAAAAGACACACUCCACCUUUAAGUUAUCCCAUUUGUAUCUUUUAAUAGCCUAGCCGCGCUAGCCCCACGUUUCUGAAGGCACAAGGGUCUAGGACUGCUCGACAGGGAGGGAGGCGGGCUAAAAGGUUGUCUUUCAAAUCACUCUGCAGCAAUUGGGUAGGUAUACAACCAAUCAGCGCAACGAAUAGACUGACGGAGUUCCCAGAGCGCCGGCGGAUUGUGGCUAAGUCCCAUUAGCUUCCCAACCAGCGGAGCCAACUGGUAUAUUAAGGAUUUGCCAUAUCCCGUCGGCAUAAGUUCAAAUACGUCUUUCUUUUCAAUGAAACACUUCAGUGCCAUCCUUUGUUUAUCUUUCAAGUUGAAUUUUAGCUUCAAAUCUGUAAGGGCUGUGGCCAAAGCCGAGUCGAAAGAUAACUGUUUAUUGUGCGCUGGUUGUUUCUGUCAGAAUCGUCGCGCCUCUGUCGUCACUUAGUUACGCCUGCCUUCUGACUCCACACUUCAUGGUGAUUCGUCCGGCCAGUUUUAGGAGAAUCCAGUCUCGAGCCUUAUGGAGGGUAACUAGACCCACCCUGGCAGAGAAUUAAAUUUGUUGCCGUGGGUUGUCUAGCGCGGCUAGGCUAAUCUUUUAAGAAUUUAUGAUGCAAAACAACAAUCUGUCCUUUGCCUUCACAGUACAAAAUCUAAAUGUACUGAAGAUGAUCAGUCCCUUUUAUGGUUUUCCUCAAAUCACUGAUGAUAAUGUCAUGUUGUCAGCAUGAAUCUGAUUUUACAUCAGCUGUGAUAAGACAAACUGCCUUUGACUGCCAGUCUAUGAACAUGAUGAGUUGAAAUUAUCCAUUUCAAAUGUGUCAAAACUGCUAAAAACUAUUUUGACCAAAACCAGUUCAGAUGUGAUAAAACUAUGUUGCAAGUCUAUUCAAUGAGCUGUGUAACACAUUUCUUUCCGUUUUAUAUAUGACUGAAACAAUGAUCAAUAAAUCUUUACUCAAAA